GCUUGCUGGCUCUUCGCUCGCUUCGUCCAACCAUUGGUGAUAGGGGCUAGGAUCAAAAAGAGAUAGAUGGCUUUCUGGAGGAAUGCUGCUGAGUCCGGCACGGGAGUUCAGCGCUGCGAAGACGUCGAAGUUGAAGGCUGCGAAGAUGCUCGGAACAGUCAUGUUCCAGAUCGGUCGUUGGUGCUAGGGCUUGGGACAGCACGGACGAGGGGAGAGGUGAACUGCGAAUCGCCUGUGCCUCGAGGCACGGUGCAGCUUCUGCCACCACACCUUCACCCAGUGCGGGACGAGGGGGCGGGUGUGUAUGCCGGGGACUAUCUGAUCGAGGGGGCGGGUGUGUAUGCCAGGGACUAUCUGAUCGACGAAGGUCGGCACUUCUAUGGAGGGGGGCAUGGCGCAACCCAAGGACACCACGCGUGGGGUAAUCAAUGGUUGGAGACGGUGUUGGAUGAGGCACAGGAGUAUGGAAUGCCGCGCAUUCACCAGGCCGUCCAGCCACCACGCCACAUGGAUCCUUCGCAUCACAUGGAGGCAGCACACGGCGUCCAGCCACCACGUCACAUGGAGCCUUCACAUCACAUGGAUGCAGCACACGGCGUCCAGCCACCUCGUCACAUGGAGCCUUUGCAUCACAUGGAGGCAGCACACGGCGUCCAACCACCACGUCACAUGGAGCCUUGUCAUCACAUGGAGGCAGCACACGGCGUCCAGCCACCACGUCACAUGGAGCCUGCGCAUCACGUGGAGGUAGCAUGCGCUCCCAUGAACUUGCAGGCUCCCAUGAACUGGAACACUCCCGUGAACUUGCAUGAUAGCAAUGUUCAUGCCGUACAUGGCGGCAGCAGCGACUGGUUUCAGACUCUUGUCCAUCCUCAUGCGGGAUUUAGCGAUUUCAGCACUGUCUCUACGGGGAAUGGGACUAUGCAUGAUGUCGAUGUGGUGCAUGAUGUCGAUUAUGAUUCGUCGCCAGACGCAGCAGGGAGUGCCCCCGUGCCUGACAGCGAACCAGCUGCAGUGGUAGGGGGGAAAAGGGAAGGUGUUGGAGGAUGCGGGCGUGUAAAGCGAGCAGCUGCAUCCAAGGCAGCGGACACCUUGUCAAUGCUGAUGGCCAGCGCCGACAAUGAAGCAGUGGAAGCGACUGCACCGAGGGCUGCAGCAAACAUGCCGGGGGAUGAAGUCCCUGCGCCGGGAGCUGCAGCAAACUCUGAAAGAGGUGACACGGCAGUGAAGGGUGGGGGCAACGAGGCAGCGAAGGGUGACGGUGACACGGCAGCAAAGGGUGGGGGCGACAAGGGAGUGAAGGUCGGGGGUAAGUGGACGGAGGAGGAGAGUGUCACACUCGUGCAUGUGAAGUCGGAGUUUGAUAUGGAGAUGGUGCGGAACUCUGUGGGCAUCGCUCAGAAAUCCAAGCCCGAGAAAGAGAAGUGGGAGGUCGUUUCAAAGCGGCUGGGUGAUAGGGGUGUUCACAAGAGCGGGGCGGAAGCGAAGCGGAAGUGGGAACAAAUAAAGUCACGCUAUAAUCGCGUUGUUUUCCACAACCGCCACGUGUCCGGUUCGAAAAACUUCUUCGAUAUGACCUGCGCCGAACGAGAAGAGAAUAAGAUUGGGAUCGCCUUGAGGGAGUCCGUCUUCAAGGCCAUGGACAGCUACUACCAUGAUGACCCGUCGGCCAAUCCCAAGAACUUGUUGGACAAUGGUGUGCCGGUGGGCGCACAAUCGGCUGGCAGCGCAUCUGGCAAUGCAUCUGGCAGCGGGCAUGCCGAGGCAGGUUAUCCGGAUAGCAUGGCGGAGAAUGCUCGCUUGGGGGCAGGCAGGCGGAGGAAGAGCGCUCGAGAGGGUGCAAUGGGUGAGAGCGAUUGAUUGAUUGAUUGAUCGAUUUGGUCGAUCUACAUCUCUCACACACACACAGACACAGACAAACAGAAUGAAUCAAUCAAGAGUGA